AAUUAAAUUCGAGUCUCAGUAUUGCUCGAGCUUUGCUGGGCGGCAGGUGUGUGGGGCCCACCUGUUAACACACGAUAAUGGACACACCAGGCUGGAAUGAGGGUGACCCGGGUGCUCGUGACCAGCCUGAUGACCAGCUGCCUGCCGCUGCCACAACAACACGGCCAACAUCAGAACUACAGGAUUCUAUCGACUAUCAUGAGUCUGCUUUUGAAGACCUCCUGUUGGAUCAGACACUCUGUCCUGAAGCAUCUAGUACUCCCAGCCUUUAUCAUCAUAAUAGGUCCCGGGCCAUAAACCCACUUCUUGAUGAAACAUUUCUGAUUCCAGACCUAUUUGGUGAUUUAGCGGCUAAGAGUCAAAUGCCUAGUCUUAGUCUCGAAGAUACAAGUACGUACUCUGAAAUACCUGAUGAAACUGUCCAAAUCUCUCCUGAAUUUAGCAAUGUGGUGUCAAACCCAGGCUACAUUUCUGAAAGUAACUCGCCCACAUCAGGUAAUAAUGCUACCUAUUCCAUCCAGGAACCCAGUGACGGUAGCAGCAGCCGCCUGGAGGGCUUUGUAAAUAUUUCAGAGAAUACUGAUAUUUUACACCAUAACCGCGUUCAGACUCCGAACACUUCAAUGGCUGGCAGCGGAGUCCAUCUUCCUCCAGUCAAUUUCCACCCCGAUUUAUUUGUAGUCGACACGACACAGCUGGUACACAUCAGCGACAGUAUUCUUAACGAUGUUUCAGAGUUUAGUUUAGAAGAGACACUGCCCUCGGCACCGGCCACAGUGUCUAAAGAAGGGGCUAGAGGUGGAACAGUGGUGCGUGAGGAGGUCAAAUUAUCGGCUCAGGAGCUAGAGCUUGCCAGCAGCAGGGAAGCUAAGAGCGACAAUAGUAUCACAUUGUUAGAGGAUAUAAGUGAUAGUAUACUAGAUGAUACAACCAGUUCACAAGUUGGCGUGAGUAAAGACGAAAUUCAUUUAGACAAUAUAUCAAACCAUGGUGAAAUUAAGUGCGUUGUAAAAUAUGGCUUCAAUUCAGACGAGGAAUUCCAAUUAAUAUCGAGCUUGAGAGACGACAGUGAAGACAAUACACUUACACAGUGUAAUACUUGCCACAAUACCAGUUGCACUUGCAAUAAUGUUCAACAGUUGAAGAGACUAACCAUUAAUAAAGAGAGCUUAGGUACGAUACAAUGUUCAAACAAGGAUACGUCACACAUCACUUUCAUAGAAGAUAUAAGUGAUAGCUUAUUAAAUAAUACAAGUAGAAUUACUGAGCUGGACUAUAGUCAAUCUGAUCGAGAAAAGGUUUGCAGUGUAACUCAUUCCGAUAGCGAGAUGGAAAGAGGAUGGAGUCCAGUACAAGAGAGAGGUGUUGCCGGGUGUUACGGAGAUAUCAACCAGACGGGAGACCCGAAUAUGACCAACGGCAGACGAAGUGAUGAAUCUAUUUUAAGUUCCGAAUGCAGUAGUUUCCACGAAACAGAUGGCUCGAACCAUAGCCAUCAGCAGGAAAAAUUAGUCCAUAAUCAAUUUAAUGGCCAUGAUGGGGAUCUCGGGCCGUGGUUUUGUAGCGAUGUUAAAGGUGGACAAAGACCAAUCUUUUCUCGAAGUGGAAAGAUGAAAACGGUCUCUCCUAGGAAACCCAAACCGUACCAACCUAUUUAUGCUGCACCCAAGCGAGAAUAUAACCGGCACGUUAGUCGUACUGAUCAAGGAACAACAACGCCAGCGGCCACAGCUUGUAAUUUAAUAGACCAUCCAGCAAGUUCUGUUGACCACAAUCACACACUUGCUACUGUUGACCGAGGAAUAUUCCAAGUUGGCGGUAAUUUUAGCCAAACGACAAUCCAACAAGAAGGUAAUGUUGACCCAGAAACUGACCAUUCAUUCAAUUUUGUUGACCAGAGAACAAACCAACCAGCCUGUACUACUGGGCAAGAGUCUGUUCAGCCAGUCGCUGCACUUUAUCAGUCGUCUAAUAAUAAUAAUAAUAACCCAGAAAAAGUCAGUUCUAUUUAUGUCAACCAAGAAACUCUCCACCCCAUCAAUACUGAGAGCCUCGGAACAGACCAGCAAGUCGGUACCUCUGCAUUAAAAAUAGGCCAAUUUCAUGCUAAUAACCAAGGAACUUCCCAACCCAUUUCUUUUGGUGUAGGAGGACACGAAGCUGAGAGAUACAAUGACGGAGCAGAACAGCCGACCUGUGCAGUUGACCAAGGCACAGACAAUUCUAUAUGCUAUACAAGCAGAGAAUAUGACAGUAUUGCCCCCAACAUUGCCGAUAAUAUAGAAACAGACCUUUGUAUAGCUGCAACUGUCGAAGACAAAAACCCACUUACUACCAGCCAAAUAGACAUAGCGAUUUUAAGCCACGAUACAGACAAAGCUGCCGUUGAGCAAGGAAUAGACCACAUAAUUUCUUAUAAUGUAGAAGCAGAACUGAUCACCACUACUAACACUCUAAAAUCGGAUCAAUCUGCCACUACUGUUACCCGUCAAGAAACUCUCCAACUCGUUACUAGCACACAAACAGACCAGAUCACUACUGCGUACCCAGAGACAAUCCAACCCACCACUAAAUAUAGCCCAGAUAUUGAUAAGCUAACAGCUGCAAUGUUAACUGCAGACCAAUCCACCGUAGAUUGUAUGAAUUAUCCAGGCCAAAAUAGCGCUGCUAUUGGCCAAGGCAACAACGACCCAAAUAGUGCUGCUGUUAGCCACGUUGUGCCAGAGGCAUUUCGGGCAACACCCGAUGUAAAGAUGGUGAACGCUGAAGAAACAGAUACCGAUAAUAGCAUUGAGGUCAACGUUCCUAAAGCGACAAUGGCACAUACACAUGACCCAGAAGAAGGUAGUGAAGACGGUGGUCAAGUCUCUCAAAAUACAAGCGAUCCACAUACAGUCUCGGAGAGUAUUGUUGCACAAACACCACCAAGUGAAGCCGAAGUCAAUAAUAUAGUUGGCAGUCAUCCUCCUGCCUUAGAUGUCAGCCUAGACCUUGAGGCCUAUGAUGCCUCCUGUCCACGAGAGCUAAAUACUAGCUCAACUGAGCCGAAAGUUCUUCACACACAGGUUUUGGAUAAUUGUGAAGAAGUUACGUCGUUCUUAGAUGAAGAAGUGUAUCAAGGGCUUGGAGAGAGUGACACGAGCCUUCUCAGUGUGGCCAGCAGGCGGUCAGCGCUAACACCUGCCGAACUGAAAGCAGAGGAGGACAUGGUGGACGGCCUCUUCUACUCCUGUGACACCGAGGGCCUCGGUCGUGUGCCCGCUGCCCUCCUCGCCUCUCAUCUGGCGCUCUCUCUCGGCGACCUCCAGCCCAGGUGGCUGAUGGAUACCCUGAGGGAGGCUGUGUGCUCUGAAGGUGACGACAACGAGCUGGACUUGGCAACAUUCCGUGAGAUACUGACCGGCUGGCUGCACGACCACGCUACAUACCUCAACCUCCCGCUACCACAUAACACCAGUGGCACUCAACCCCAGCAGAUGGAUGCCUCGCUCCCCUUGGAACCAAAAGAUAACUUGGAUACCAAUGGUGGUGUGACGCCGAUCCGCUCUCAGGGGCUCGGUCACACCCCUAGCCACACCGCCACACCAUCGGGUUAUAGCGCCCAGACGCCAGAUUCUUAUGGACGUUUCGACGACACUGGCACUCCCGAGGACAGUAUUGACCCCACGCCACCCAGACGCAAGUUUGGCAGCAAUAUCAAACGAUGUCUGGAGCGACACUUCGCUACCAGCAAUCGGCGGAGCACAUUGUUGCCCCGGGCGUCGGGGACUGGCGGCGUCGGCCGCGACGAGGGCGGCCGGAGACCAGACGCCGCCCCCAGCGACACCACGCUGGUAAUGUCUCGCUUGCCCUCGCCUAUUGCACAUCCCACCUCCUUCAUCUACAACCACAACCCUCACAACAACAACAACAACGCCAACGCCCUCAACAAUGACAGCUUCACGACCAACAAUGAGAAGAUGAGCUGUCGAGACCCGCUGGUGGAUCAGUCAGGACUUAACUACACCGUUGGCAGUAUAGAGGAUGAAGGAGGCAUCACCAAACCGGACCCCGGGGAGCUGCAGCAGGCGGUCCUGGAGCUGACGCACACCAACCGGCGCCUCACGGGGGAGAAGGCCGACCUCACCGCCAUCCUCACCAACACCGAAGAUGCCUACGUCAGCAGCCAGGAACAUGCCGUCUCCCUCGAACAAGAUCUCGCCAUCGCGAAUCAGCAGCUGGUGGCAGCACGCAGACUGGAGGUGGAGAUGGGAGAGGUGCGGAUACAACUGGAGUCUGAGCGAGAGGAGAGAGAGAAGCUACAGCGAACUCUCGCCCAAUUAGAGAAGGAUAACGUAGCUCUCAGUUCCAGGGUGGAGGCACUUGUCACAGAGCUGAACAGUACCCGGGAGGAAGCGGAGAACCAGGCGAUGGUGGAGGCCGAGCUAGUGAGGAACCACAGGGCCGAGGUGGCCGCCCUGGUCACAGAGCUUGACAAGUGGAAGUAUGAGGCUGAAAGACAAGCUCUGGCGUCACAUCAUCUCGAAGAAACUGUCAAGGAUAUCAGGAAACACACCGAGGCUCUGCGAGAUGAGAAAGCCAGCCUGGAGGAACAGCUGACCCAUCUCAAGGAGGAGAUCGCUUCGGCCAGAAAUCACUCGGACUCUAACACGAGUUGUGUUGAUAUGGGAGGGGAAGAGGACUUAAGUGUGUCUACCAGCGAGGAAGUGUUUGAAAGGCCACUUAAGACGGCGUGGAGACGAGCCCCCUCCUCCUCCACCCCCUUGGUAAACCAGGGCGCCCCCUCGUCGGUCCCGGACACACCCCUCAGUAUACAUUAUGAAAUACAAACCAUGGGCGAGAGAAGCGGAUCAUUGCCAUUCUGCGAGAAGAGUGGCAAUAGUGCCACUUCUGCCUCCAAGAGUCCUACUGAGGAGACCUCCCCCCUUGCUGAUCAGCACGUCAGAAAUUCUUCAUUGGCCACACUCCUUAUCAGCAUGGUGAGGUGGUGGCGGGACUGGGAGGAACGAGGAGUGCCACUGCUGAAGGGGAUGGUUGGGGAGGAUGCCUCUGCCCUUAAUGCUCACUUCAGCUCUCACCACGAUGAGCUGAUCAGAUUAGAAAGAGAACUAAAGGAAAUCCGAAGACAAAGUGUAACGCACAGCCUCUCCUCCAGCGGAACACCAGCAAGAGAGACGGUAGAGGAAGGUUCGUUAGGCAUGUCUCGUGAGACGUGCUUACCACCCUCGCAAAAUGUGACUCCCAAAUCCAAGCGCUCCAGGACUCCUGGAUCUCUCAUCUCGCAGCUGAUAACAAAAUUUGAGCAUUCUAGUCGGUCCACAAGCCCAGCGAGCUCUGAGCUCAGUGAGAGGUUAGGCUUGAUGUACAAUACCGGUACUUUAUCCAAAAUGGUGGAAAGACAGAGAGCUGGAAGAGGUUCUUUAAGUUCUUAUAAUGAAUACGAUUGUGGCAGAAGCUCUCCUAGUUAUGAUGGGGGAAGUUCUGUUAGUUCCGAUGCCGGCAAAAUGUCAUCUUUGUCUCCCAGGAACAGUUCUUUGACUUCAGAAACUAUGAAAGAAGGCAAAGAUAAUUCCCUGGAGAUAGACUCGUGUAUAAACCAUAAACCCAGCCAAGUGGAAGCACGUGAAGAUACUAGUGAUAAGAAUUAUUUUAGUAAGAACCUCUCGGGUGCCCAAAACCUUGCGUGUGAACUAAGCCCUAAUUCUUGGGAAUAUGGAGGAAACCUCAUUAAUAGCAGCACUGAACAAGAUUCUGAAUAUACGUACGUGGAUGACAGAGACUUGACUGACUUAAGGAACAUUGUAAUUGAUAACCUGGAGCAAGAAAAUGUUGUGGAGGAGGUGGAUGAAGUUGGUGUUAAGCUAGACCUUGGCUUUGAUGAGGACUUGACUGAUGAUUAUCAGAGUGAGAGAAGUAGUAACCUGAAUUCUAAUUCUUCAAAACUUGCCGAUGAUACUGAAAAUAAUGGAGUUACGGUCGUGGAAGUUGAUGUUGAUUUAGAAGGCGAUGUUCUCAUGGAGACCAGCCAGUUGAUGAAGUUAAUGAAUGAAGUGGAUGAGCAGAAGACCAUUAUUGGAGAGUUGAAAGAACAGCUGGUCCAUAGGGAAGAGGAGAAAGAGUCCUUCACCGCGACGCUGUCCCGCCUCCACCGUCUUGCCCUCCAAGUCUCCACAGAUACAUUCACGUGGACGGAGAGGGUGCGGAAGGAGUGGCUGUCAGUGGUCGCCGGCGAGGAGGAGGAGGGAGAGGGGGCCGCCGACCCCCUCAGGACUCCAGGUACCUUCGACGACACCCCGCUCACGGGGACACACUCACGCGAGGAGAUCGAGUCUCUAAUACGCACGAGAUGCGACCAUCAUUGUCAGCCGUCUGUGGACGAUUUUACCCGGGAGUAUGUCAACCCGGAGAACUUGGCUGCCGAGUUGGAGCGGGAGCUGUUGGCCUUGAAGCUGCACGUUGCUCGCUCUCAUGCACUCCUUCACCACUACCAGAGCUCCAGUCUUUAUGGGAGUCGCAGCGAGGUGUCGACGCCGCCCGUCGCCGCUCCCACACACUCACAAGGUGUGGAGGCCGGUGUGGAGUGCGACCUCUGUGGGCCGGCGUGUGUACCUCGUCCCUGUGGCUCGGCUGCUACCCAGACCCCAGCCUCACCUGUGACCCCAGAGAGCGAGGAGUGUCUGGCGACGGCGGCGCAGUGGGAGGCAGAUGAAGGGCCCUCGGGUAGGGAGGACCUGCUGCAGGACGACAACCACCCCCCCAGGCCCCAUACACCCCUGCACAGAGACCUCCGGCAGGUGGGUCUACUCUUCCCCCCCACACACCACCACCACCGACCUCUGCGGCAGGUGCGUCUCCCGCCCCAACACCGACCUCUGCGCCAGUGGGUGGAGGUGAAGGAGCAGGCGCAGCAGCAGGAGGAGGAGGAGGAGGACCGGGAGGUGGACACCGGGGACAUGUCUACCGACCACGCCCUCUACGCCCCCAAGCCUGCUUACGACCAACUCGACCAGUACCGGCCAACCACCAAGAGGACCGGCGAGGAGAAGUUACGACGAACUGGCCUCGCUACCAUCUCCCCUCAGGUGGGAGGGAGCAGUGAGAGUGAAGAGAGUGAACCCAGUGAACAUGAGGAGGCGACAUCUCGUCCACCCCGCCGUCAGCGACCUUUCCUGCCGCACCUUCACCAGUCCCCACGAACCGACUUUGAUGUGGCGCCGCUGUCGCCGCCACCGUCGCUGGACAACGUGGAGGAGGAGGAGCCACCCUUGAAGGAGGAGCCUCAACCGCCCUCGACGCCAGAGUCCGGCUCCUCUAUAACCUCAGCCGAGCUCUUCUCCCGACUGACUCAACGGACAGCCUCCGGAGGUGUGGGGUUCGGGGAGACUGUUUCGCGGCUGAUGGCGGCUCAGGCCGCGCGUGCUGACGCGUGCGCCCCCACCUCCCCCCUUAACCCCACACCCCCCACCUCCCCUCUGAACCCCACUCCCCCCACCUCCCCUCUGAACCCCACACCCCCCACCACCUCCCCUGCACAGCCUACCACCACAGAGGCCUCCACGCCACACCCCGCCAACAACUCCAAAGAGUGUGGCGCUGGCGGGCGAGGGGAGAGGUCCAAGUCCUGCUCGGCCGUGUUCCCCUCUCUCCAGGACAACCAUCUGCGUGCUGCCGGCCUGGCCAGGGACGACCCCGUACCCAAUGAGAACCUCUCGGCUCAGGAGAUUGAGAGCAAGUUCACACAGCUGUCGCUGGCCUUCAAGACGGACCGGGUGACACUGAGACAGCGGCUGGACGUACAGCAGCGUCUGAGGGACACAGCUGAGACCAACUUCGACACAGAGAUCAACCAUCUUAGGCUAUCCGUUUUGGCGCUACACGCCGACUGUCUGGACUCUGAUCUGGUCGACGCCGUCACGCAAGUCCGCCGACACCUCGACAUUUUGGCCACCACCUCGAACAGACUUGUCUCCGCCUCAGAGGUUAUCAUUGUGUUCCUCGGCGACAUUUACCAGGAAAUAUGGGUGUGGGGCGCCGUGCAGCAGGAGUGGCGCGUGUCGCGGGCCCUGGAGGUCCUCCUGCUACACGUGGAGAACGUUAAGCGCAUGUACGAGCGCGACCACCAGGAGCUCGAGGAGCUACGCCGAUUACUUAACGAAUACCAAAUAGAACUUCCGACAGCCGCCGCCGCUGCCGCCGCCGCAGCUGCGGGGAGGUUGUCAACCUCUGACUCUCCUGGACUAAGCCGGCGGCUGCGCGCGCUCAGUCUCGCAGAAUUCACCAAUAAGCAAUCGCAGGAUAAUCGACGCAUCAGUUUCACAGCCGCCUCAGCCAAGGCGCCAGCCACAGCAUUCAUUGGUACUCGAGCUACCAGACGGAGAGCUUCUCUAAUGCCAGACAUGAAGCCUUUUCAAGAAUUUGCAGCUGUUGCGGCAGCAGCAGCCGCAGCCGCCGCCGCAGCCGCAGCCAACUCUAGUUCUUCCAAUUCUUCAAACACAUCUAAAGACAAAACAGAGGAAAAUGGGCAGCCUUCAAAUGGGGUGUGGGCCAACAGUAUCACCGAGGAGGGCAGUGAGAGCGGCGAGGAAGGCAGCGACACGUCUCCGCAGGUGACCGCUACAGCCUCCACCGUCAACUCCAGUCUAGCCACCACCUUGGCUCAGCUUCACCCGGAGCUCUACGCUCCCGGAGAGUUAGAAGCCCACGACGCUUCCCGAAGACUAAGUGAAGAGUCCAACGUGUCUUCGGUGUCUCAGUCGUCUGCCCUCGACGCCCCCGCGCCCAUCUUCCCACCCGCCCCGCCUCCAAGGCCACAACACUGGUUGCUUGUGGCUGUGGACGAUGUGAUUGGCUGGGCUCGUGGCGGUCAGUGGCCAUACACGUCGCAGGAGACCGUACAGGGAGUACGGUACGCGUUCACAUCACUACUGCUGCUACUGGCAGCGUUCUUCCUCCUGGUAACUAUUUCUUCUGGUGAUUCAAGAGUCCCUCACCCCUACCACCCUGGCUGGACGACCGUUCAACACGUGCUUCAUCCGUUUGUCGUUGUGCGAUACCUGGGUCACCCUCCAACUUGAGCUAAAAGAAAAUCCUAACAGGAAACGGAAUGAUUUUUUGUAAUCAAUGGACUUGAUUAUGUUUUUAAAGCAUUUUUAAUUUUUUCAGGGAGGGUGGGAUGGGGCAGAACCUUAACAGAUUUAUGCAGUCAUUUCACAAAUAAUACAGGUCACGGGGUCGUUAUCAAAGCAACUUGUUUAUAAAGUCUAAUUUUAAUCACAUAAUGUACACUAGUUAUUUUCUUCACUUGUAUUACAGUAUUUGUAACUAUAAAGGUUAUACUUUAAUGUCUUGAAGAAACUUAAUUAUUUUGAGCAAUGUUAACCCUAAUUUGAUUAUAGGUCAUUUUUUCUCAUUUCUCCUUUACACUCAGAAAAUUUCAUUGUUUUGUAUAUAAAAACAUUUUAAAUGUUCCAAAUUAAGCAUUUUAGUUCUAUUUAUUGACAACAAAAACGUAUUUGUGUAAUAUCUCGUGUGACACAUUAUAUAUAUAUAUAUAUAUAUAUAUAUAUAUAUAUAUAUAUAUAUAUAUAUAUAUAUAUAUAUAUAUAUAUAUAUAUAUAUAUAUAUAUAUAAUUAUUUGUUAAUAUGUACUUCAUAUAAAAGCAAUUGUUCGUGCUAAAUUAGACCUCCAGAAUACCCAAAGUAAUAUUUAUCAGUAGUUUACUUAUCACAAUGCUGCCGUUUCCCCUUCAGCUACAGUACCUGUAUUGUGGGAUGAAGCGUAAACCUCGGUACACUUACCCGUUUCAAAAUUCCUGCUAAUCAGUUGUAUAGUUUCCUCUAUGACUGUUUUAGUUGAUCACAUUAGAUGGGUGUAAUAGCUAAUGCGUGCCAUUCAUAGUCCUCAUUAACCAGUGCUUUAUGUUGCUGCUCUUUUGACCUGACCUAUACUGUUUCUUGGCUAAUAUUCCUGUGUUUAAUAGUUUAGCAUCUUUAUCUGUGGUAAAGAUGCCUCAAAGGCCUAAUACUGUGUUGUUUUUUAGACAGUGGAUAUUAUGUUUCCUAAGAGGGAGUUAUAUUUUGAUUCUUUUAUACAAUAUUUUACGUGCAUAAUAGGUAAUAAGGACAAUUUAUUUACUGUGAUAAAUAGAAUUGAAGUCAUUUAAUUCAAUAAAAUUUACCAAACUAUACCAUAUUAUUUUUUUAUAGAAUUAAAGUUUGAAGGAAAAUUAACUUGACCUGAAGCUACCUGAGGAAUAUUUAUUAAUAAAAUAUAUUAAAAUCA